AUGAAAUGUCUUGAAGGCCUGCACUUACACCAGGGGCCAAGCAAGUUCUCUGUUCCCCUGGCUCCUGAAGAAGGCUCAGUAUCUGCCUUCCACCUGGAGAAAGUGGAAGAAGAGAAUGAAGAGGAAGAUGUGUGUUCAGAUCAGGCCCCAGAUGUGGAGGAGGAAAGGAAUGAUCUCGGGGAUCCAGCCAUCCUGAGUGUCAUCCAAAAUACCCAAGUACCACGGCAGAGAGGCCUGCACGGUCCCUCUGGAGCCGAGGCCCUUGGUACCCUGGGAAUGUCACAGGCCUCCUUGCGUUUUCUGUGCCAGCCUCCAUUCUCAAGAGCCAGCUUCCCAGCCUGCCACAUGGGACCUCACCAGCCUUCACCGGAUCCUCUUCUGUCCUACAACCCUUUGGCCCCGUGGCCCCCUAAACUCAGCCUUCCCAGUCAUCUGACCCAGCUUCACCCUCAGCACCAAAGGACCCUACUGCUGCAGAGGAGUCAAACCGUGAGUCCUUCCAAGAACACUCCACUGCCUGCUCACAUCACCUUGGGAAGCCACAGUGGCAGGGCUUGCCUAAAGGGAUGUUUCUACUGGCUUGAAAGUCUCCUAGCCAAGAAGCCUUGGUCUCUGAAGCCAGACACCUAUGCUAACCUCAUGACCCAAAAAGAGAAGGACUGGGUGAUAAAGGUGCAGAUGGUUCAGCUGCAGAGUGAGAACCCUCGCCUGGACGAUUAUUACUACCAGGGGUACUAUCAGAAGCUAGAGAAGACACAGGCAGACAAAGAGCUGCUUGGGCAGAGGAACAGGGCUGAGUCUCUCAAGGUGGUCACGCCUCACAUCCAGAAGGCAGAAAUUUAUGAGUCAGUGGUACGAAUUGAGGGUUCCCUGGGCCAGGUAGCUGUAUCAACAUGUUUUAGCCCUCGCCGAGCUAUUGAUGCUGUGUCUCAUGGAACUCAAGAGCAGGAUACGGGAGCUGCAAGCAGUCAGAGGCUCCGAGUACUCUCCCUGAUUGAGAAGGUGUUCCUUCAGUUGCUAGAGAUCGAAGAGGGCCAGAAUGAUGGGUUUCCACAGCUCUACCACUCGGGCGAACAGAGCAACCAGGUGGAGAAGCUCUUUCAGGCCUUAAAGACCCAGGGACAGGACAACUUGGAGGAGACAGCAGAUAGCCUUCUGCAGGUGCUGUCUGUGAGGAAAGGGAAAAUUCUGGUGGCUCGGCUGCUCCCCUUCUUGCCCCACGAUCAAGCCGUUAGCCUUCUCCUGUAUAUCACCUACCAUCUGCCUCUCCUGAUCCUGAGGGACAUGGCUGACCAGGCUCUACACAUUCUAUUCAAACCUCUGGGAAAAUACAUCCAUUAUUUGACCUUCCAUCAGCUCCUCCAUGGACUUCAGGGUCUAAUGUUGCUGCCCCCUGGCACCUCAGAGCGGCCAGUCUCUGUGGUGCUUCAGAAUCAGUUUGGGAUAUCUCUGCUUUAUGCCCUGCUGAGUCAUGGAGAGCAGCUGGUGUCCCUGGAUUCUUCCCUCCAAUCCAGCAGUGACUGCGCAGCCUGGACAGACUUGGUGAUUCUGGUUGCGUGGGAGAUAUCUCAGUUGCCCACAGCAUCCCUGGCAGAGCCCCUAGCCUUCCCCAGGAACCUGCUUCCCUCUUCUGCCAUCACAUGGACAAACAGCUAG